UGAAGGCUUUUUCCAGACUAGCACAGAGACUACCACAAUCAGCCAUCCUGAAUCAUCUGGACAAAAUAUGAAAUUCAUUGGCUUGGAUGUUUCUUUCUUUAUUCUUUCCACCCUCACUGCUCUUUGGAAUGCAGGAGCUCAAGACUCUUGUGCACAGCACUGUGGGGAGCUGCUUGGUACCUGUUCUUGCCAGGUGACAUGCCAGUCCUUGGGGACAUGCUGUCCUGAUUAUAAAGAAUUCUGUCUUCAAAUUUCUCCAUACUCAGGAUCUCUUAUGGGAGGCAAAGACUUUUUGAUUAACAACACAGCUUUUGAUCCCUCUUCUGUGCUAAAAUGCAGGUUCAAGCAGCAAAUCAUAACCAGUGGCUAUAUUGACAAGGAUGGAAAAGCCCACUGCAUCUCCCCAUUGCUUUAUGAGACUGGUUUCAUCCCUUUUGAAGUUUCUAGAGAUGCUGGGUCAACAUUUCCCUACUCUGGAACUUGGUUAUCAGUACAUCACAGCAAAGUUUCAGAUAAAGAAAAAUGCACAUUGGUAAAUGAGACAAAAUGGCAAUACUAUGGCACCUCCAACACCGGUGGAAACUUAACUCUUACCUGGACACGCCAGACACUUGCAGCAACCCACGUCAACAUAGAAGUCUGGGGAUACCAGGAAACAGGUGACAGUUAUUCAGCAAACUGGAUGGCUGAAUGGAAAUACCUUUAUACUUUGGCAAGAGAAACCCCCAACACAGGGAUAUAUUCUUUCAUUCCUGUGCCUGCCGAAGGAAAUUACAGUACCUGGGACUACGGAAUUUUGAGAAUUAUACCCAGCAACUAUUUUGAUGGGCAGAGCAACAUUCCAUCAAUCUGGAGCUCAGACCAUGCAUUGGCUUGGCACCUUGAGAAAGCCUUCAGAGAUGACCCAAAUGCAUGGGCAACUGCAAAAUGUAUGGAAUGGGACAGAAAGGAAGAGUUGCUUCCAAACUUCAUGGAAGAAAUUAUAGACUGCCCUUGCACCUUGGCACAGGCAAGAGCUGACACUGGCAGGUUCCAUACAGAUUAUGGCUGCAACAUUGAAAAGGGGAGUGUGUGUACUUAUCAUCCUGGUGCUGUGCAUUGUGUAAGAGCCAUUCAAGCCAGUCCCCAGUAUGGGGCUGGACAGCAGUGCUGCUAUGACUCCACGGGAACCCAAAUCCUCACGCACGACUCCACCGGAGGCAGCACACCUGAUCGAGGACAUGACUGGGGUUCACCACCUUUCCUGAAGCCUCCCCGCAUACCUGGCUUUUCCCAUUGGCUCUAUGAUGUUAUCAGCUUCUACUACUGCUGCCUGUGGUCUGAGAAUUGUGACUUCUAUAUGAAAAGGCGGCCCUCUAGUGACUGCAGGACGUACCGCCCUUCACAGGCUGCAUCUGCUUUUGGGGAUCCUCAUUUCUUUACAUUUGAUGGUCUGAACUUCACCUUCAAUGGCCUAGGAGAAUACACAUUGGUAGAGUCUGAUCUCACAUCCCUGAGAGUGCAAGGGAGGACACAGCAGGCACACUUUUCCAAUGGAACUGGGGCUCAGGGAACAGGCUUGUCUGCAGUGGCCAUGCAGGAGAACAGCUCUGAUGUGAUUGAAGUGCGCUACUCUGAGGAUUUGCACCUGGAGGUCCUCCUGAACCAGAGGGUUCUCAGCUUCUCUGAACAAACUUGGAUGGACCUGAAAGGUCUGUUUCUCUAUUCUACACCUGAUCAGAACAUCACAGUGAUGUUCUCUUCUGGGUCUGGAGUGGAAAUAAGGGGAAGUGGAGGAUUUCUGACUCUGACAAUUCUACUCCCAGAGAAGUUUAAGAAUCACACACGGGGUCUCUUUGGGGUAAUGAAUGGCAAUCCAGAGGAUGACUACACCUUCAAGAAUAAAACCACCAUGUCAGUUCAUGCAAGUCCCCAGCAGGUGUUUGAGUUUGGAGCUAGCUGGGCAAUUGAAAAUGGAACUUCUCUCUUUACUUACGACACGGAGUUCUUACUGAACAGUUUCUUUUAUGGGGACAAGCACAAUGCCUCCUUUCUGCCUGUGUUCUCCCCUCAUGAGGACCCUGCUGAUCCCCUGCUAGAAGAGAUGGUCUCACACUGUGGCUCUGACCCAUUCUGCAGAUUUGAUGUCCUGACCACAAGAAGCCUUCAAGUGGGAAAUUCCACAAGACUUUCCCAUCAGAAUCACAAGCUGCUGGUAGAACAUCUAGAGCCAGUGAUCUCUUGUGGCUGGCUGGGUCAUCCAACCAAUGGAAGAAAGAAUAAUACUAACUACCUGCUGGGCUCGACCAUCAAUUUCACCUGCAAUGAGGGCUAUGAACUCACAGGAGGGUCACAGGAAAGAACUUGCCAAGAGUCAGGAGCCUGGUCAGGAGACACACCCCAGUGCAGCCCAGUAACAGGUAUCAAACAAGUAAUUGUUAUUGGCAGUGUAUUUGGAAUAGUCGGCCUUGCAGUCCUGGGACGUCUGUGUUAUUUAUGCAGAAAGGAGAGUGCCCACAAGUAAUAGAAUGCCAGAUAAAAUGGAAUUGAAAUUGAGUGAAAGGAAACAAAAUGGGGUUAUGGCCCUUGGAAAGAAGACUGUAUGUGUGAGGAAGAACUAAAUACUUCUGAACCUAUCACAAAAAAAAGACAACAACCCACUGCCAAGCUAACAGACCACUGCUAUUGGUUUUCAGUAUUUCAUCACUUAAAAAUGCUACAUUCACUACGAAUUCAGCUCAAAGAAAUAAGAAUGUGGCAUACUAUGCUGUGAUAUUAAAAUUUAUGUGUAAAGCCAUGCUA